UAUGUUUUCGAUUUUCUUUCAUGUGCCGAUUAUUCAACUUGUUUUGAAGUUCACAUAUCAUUGCAUUAAUUCGAGCUUAAUUUAGUGAAUAACAAAUUGUUAUAAGAUAUAAAUAAAAUGAUUGCCUUACGAGCUCUCUAUCCGGGUGUCCGACAAUUCAUAGUUAAUCCCGCGAUACCAAAUCAAACAGCAUUUUUUAAGCAUUCACUGAAAACCCUCACUGUUGGAGGACUUCCUUCCAUUAGUAAGCAUUUCAAUCGCACAUUUGCCUCAGCAAAAACGCCAGAAUCUGAUGAAACUCUAAUCUAUCACGGAUCCCUCGCACCUCGCAUGAAAGCAGUCAAAAUCUUUUCACUCACCACCAGUCUUACCGGGCUUGCCGCCCAACCGAUUCUCAUGGAACAAGGAAUGAAGAUAGGUGGCACCGGAAUGGCAGUGGCUCUAUGCACAGUUGCUGGAUUCUUUACAUUUGUGACACCUUUGCUGUUGCAUUUCAUCACCAAGAAAUACGUCACCGAGAUUCAUUACAAUGCUAAGACCGACGAGUAUACCGCGACGACAAUAUCCAUUUUAUUGUAUAAAAUUAAGACAAAGUUCAGGCCGAGCGAUGUUACAGUUCCAGACGUACCAGGGAUGUUCACAUCCUUCAAAGUCAAAAACAAACCUCUGUUCAUUGAGCCAACCUUGUUCGACAACACCGACCACUACGUGAAGAUCAUGGGCUACGACAAACCGAUCGACUUCAAAUUGAACGUGCAACCAGAAGAAACCAACAACCAAAUGCAAACACCCACACAGGGAAGUCAAAGUAGCCAAAAAGAAAGUAGAAAGUAAAUCAAAAUCUAUCUUGUUUAUUGUUGAAGUAAAUAUAAAGAAAAAAGUACACAAACGAAACAAAAAAACAGUUCCCAAGAA